CAGUUCAGACUGUAGCUAUUGUUCGCGAACAACUUUGAUGUGAACACGCCAAUCUGAAAUCCCGAGUUAUGGAGCCUUGAGGAAAACAGUGAUCUUGGAGCCUGAAUAUAAUUUAUUUCAUUUUUAGUGCAUACAACUUUGAGAUGCUGAGAGACAGAAUUCGUGUACAGAAAUGGACCCUAAGCCCGUAGCAAUCGAACAAGAAACAUAUUUUCUUAUUGCCAAAUUCCUUGAGGAUGGCCCGUGUCAGGAGGCUGCAAAAGCCCUACGGAGAGAGAUCGGGACCCAUCAUCUUCUUCCAAGAAGAACAGACUGGCUUGGUAAUUCACAUCCCCGGACAAUGGAUGACAUGGAAUCUCUCAAUCAUCAUAUACAAAAUGAACAUAUCAUCAAGCUUUUGUCAAGACUUGGUUCCUUUGUUGAAAAGGUCAUUCCAACCAAGAUAGAAAAUGUGAAUUCAUUGCUAACAACUGGAAAUUUUUCACUGCUUAGAGCAAGAUCAGAUUCCCUUCAGCCAAGAAACUCUACUACUGAAGCGGCAUGCUUUCAUGGAUGCCCUGCAUUGCCACCUUGCAUAUCUGGAAAGUCAAACUUUGUCAAUAUAGUAACUGCAAGAUCUGUGUGUGGCUCAUCAAGAAGUAGAAACUUUGUCAGUGGCUGUAACCUUUAUAGCAAAGUGUCUAUGCACAAGAGAAUACUUGGGCAUUUGGCAUCUGUUUAUUGUGUACUAUUUGACAAGACUGGUCAUGUCAUUGCUACGGGUGCAGAUGACAAUCUUGUCAAAUUAUGGUCAAGUUUCGAUGGCAGGCUUCUAGCAACAUUGAGAGGUCACUCUGGCGAAAUUUCAGAUUUGGCGAUCAAUCAGGAAAAUUCCUUAAUUGCUGCAGGUAGUUGUGACAAGACAAUAAGGGUGUGGAGUUUGAUCAACACAGCCCCUGUUGCUGUUUUACAAGGACAUACUGGAAUGAUCACUUCCCUUCAGUUUUGCCCUUCUGCACAUGAAGAUGCAAGGUAUUUGAUGUCUACUGGGGGUGAUGGUACGGUUUGUUUUUGGAAGUGGGACAUAAAAGGAAAUAGUUUUGAGUCAACACCUGUGAAAUUCAACGAGAAAUCACGUCCAGGUGCACAGAUGCUUUGCUCUUCGUUCAGUCCAGGUGGUGGUUUUCUGGUCACUGGCAGUUCUGACAACAUUAUUCGUGUCUAUCAAAUGAUGCCAGCCCCAGUGGAGAAGAUAGCUGAGUUAUCUGCUCACACAGAUCAUGUCGAUAGUAUCCAGUUCAGCAAUUCAGGUUUCAGGUUUGCGACGGGAUCAAGGGACGGGACAGCAAGAAUAUGGCAGUUUCAGAGAAACGAAUGGAAGCACAUUGCAUUGAAUGCAUAUGAACGACUGAAAAGCGCCCCGAGUUUCCUGGACGAAGAAUCGCUCAAGUCCCUGAAACUUAAGGUGACAAUGGUUGGUUGGAAUGUCGACGAUCAGUUUCUGGUAACCGCAAUUACUGAUCAUUCGCUGAAAGUUUGGGAUUCAUUUUCUGGCGAACUGAUUCACAUUUUGGUUGGUCAUUCAGAUGAAGUAUUUGUUCUUGAGUGCCAUCCCCAUGAGCCAUACAUCUACCUAAGUGCUGGACACGAUGGCAAUGUUAUUUUAUGGGAUAUUUUGAAAGGCGUCAUGAUAAAAAGUUUCUUUAAUUUGCUUGAGGGCCAGGGACAUGGAGCAAUAUUUGAUUCACGUUUCGCGCCCGAUGGAAUGAGUUUUGCAGUUUCAGACAGCCAUGGUCAUCUUUGCAUUUUUGGAUUUGGUUCCGAUGAACCUUUUAAAAAGGUUCCGUACGAGCAGUUUUUUCAUACAGAUUACAGACCAUUGAUCAGGGAUGCGAACAAUUUUAUUCUAGAUGAACAGACGCAGAUGGCACCUCAUCUUAUGCCGCCUCCAUUUCUUGUUGACGUUGAUGGCAACCCACAUCCUCCGUUUUACCAACUGCUCAUUCCUGGACGAAACGCGAAUAAUUUGCCGACAAGGAGAGUGGAAAUACCCGUGUCUGACCUUCCACCAUUGCUGGCAGAAAUUGCUGCAGAGGAGGCUGCUGCCACAGGACGGCAGAACUUGCUAUCGCCAGAAAGAAGACAGCGAGGCUCAAGGUCACCUCUUCGCAGCCCCGCGGGGGGUGGAGGUGGGGGUGGAGUGGGCCUGAGACAGACUGGUGACGUCGAAGGAGUGCGUCAGGUGGACAGCAAUGUAUUCAUUUCACAAGAUGUUUCUGCCUCUGAACUAGCCCUGUGGAGGAAUCGAAAGAUCUUUCCCUCUCAAAAGUUUUGUUUUAAAAAGCAAAAUGAGUUGUAUCGACAAGAAAAAGGAAAGGAAGAGAUCGAGAAGUAUACACGGGAAAAGAAACGAAGACCACUUUCAACCUCGCAACGACUUUCAAAAAUAAUCAGCCAAGAAAUUGAAGGGAAAAGCGCGAAGAAAGCGACAAAGGGUGGACGAGGCCGCGCAGCGCCCAGACAGAGAAUCAGCUACACUGUUCCAUCUGAAAUGGUGCAGCAGCCGAAUUAUGAAGAUGAUGACGAUGAGGAGGAGGGAAUUAUCGAUGUCGAGCAGUUUAUUAGUAGCGGGAGUGACUCAGACUGGAACAGCGAUAGCAGCGAUUCCAGCGAAGACUCUGACUGGACUGCUGAGGUUGGUCUUAAAAAAGAACAGCGCGAGAGUAGAAGAAGGCGCUUAAGAAGAGUUUUCAGCAGCGGAGACGAGGCUGUGGACGAAAAUGGAACAGAGAACGAAAGUGAGAUCGAGAUUGUUGCCAGCGAGAAAGAGGACGAGCAAUCUGGGAAUGAAAAGGAGGCACCUUCGAAGAAGUGUACAGCGACCAAAAAGAAAUCAUCGAAAAAAGCGGAGAGUGAUGCCAAAUCGAUUGAAAAUACAGAGGAAUAUAUGGAGAUGUACAAAAUGCCAGACUGGCUAACAAGCAUGUUGCCACAAAAAUCGCCAUAUGUACCACAAGUUGGCGAUGAGGUAUAUUACUUUCGUCAAGGCCACGAGAUUUAUGUCAAAGCUGUGCUGGAAAGUGAUCUGCUCGACAUUAAUCCAAAAAAACAGUGCUACAUGAAGUACAACCUCAAGGCCGAGGAGUUAUGCAGAGUGGUGAAUGUGCACUACAAUGUUGGACCACCGAGAACCUGCUCCCUGCGACUUGCUUUGAUGAACCCUGAAACAAACACAAACACAGGUGGAUCAUUCAAUGUCAAGUACCACGAUAUGGAAAAUGUAUUAGACUUCUUUGUGUUGAGGCACCACUACGAGCAAGCAAAGGCAAGAGACUGGCAACCAGGCGACCGCUUCCGUAGUGUGAUUGAAGAUCGAUGGUGGUGGGGAACAAUCGUUGAAAAGGGUCCGUUUCAGGAUGAUUUCCCAGAAAGUUGUUUCAAUUCUGCAGUAGUAAGAUGGGAUACCGGUGAAGAAGAAAGACUGAGCCCUUGGGACAUGGAACCUGUAACCGAAAACGAUCCGAGAGCACCAGAAGACGAAGAUCGUGCUUCUCUCACCAGCGAUAUCCCGCUAACGCUGGAAGACCGAACGCUAUUUGAUUAUACCCCGUCGACCUCCGACUGGCCUGACGAGGGGAGAGACCAGGCCAUAGACCGCAUCUCAAAUGGCAUUGAACAGUUCAGUGAGCUAGCCAUUGCUGGAGCCUUUGCAUACCCUGUUGACGUGAGCAGCUACGCUGACUACUUGGCAACAGUACCCCACCCCACUGAUCUGAAUACCAUUCGGCAACGGCUUGUCAAUAAGUUCUACAGAAGACGCAAUGCAUUACUCUGGGAAGUGAGACUUAUUGAGCAGAAUGCAAAGUUGUACAAUGAAGAUCGCAGUGAGAUUUCGAGGAAUUCUUCGUUGGUAACGAAACUUUUGAUUGAAUUUAUAUGCGAUCAUAAUUGUAGAGACCUGAUAGCAUUUUAUAAUCAAAGUAUGGAAAGUGGAGUUUUUGAAAAUGAGAUAUCCCACGAAAAAGUACCGGAAAGCAGGCGAUCUUCCUCCCGGAAAUCAAAGUCAUCGAAAAGGAAAAACAGGUCCAAGGGUGAAGACAAUACUGCAGGCUCUUUUGAAUCUACAUCCGCAGGCUCAUCUUCUGCUGGCCAGUCCUGGAUUUCCAUAGCUGGUGAUUUGCUUGAUUUCCUCAUGUCAAGAGAAGACUCGGAUCCUUUCAGAAUGCCUGUGGAUACAGACCGAUAUCCAGACUACACGAGCAUUGUGAGUGAACCAAUGGACUUAAGCACUGUGCGACAGCAACUGGAUAACAGACUUUAUGACGAUGCGGAGGCGCUGGUUCGUGAUGUUAGACUCGUGUUUUUCAAUUCCCGGCUUUACAACACAAACAAGCGCUCUAGGAUUUACGGUAUGACAUUGCGGCUGUCUGCCUUGUUUGAAGACCGAGUGCAGGCCUUGCUUUCUUUAUCAAGCAAUCGAAAACGACGUAAACAAUCGAAUAGAAAGAGCACUUCGUUUUUAGACAAUGUGGUUGAAUGUAAAGAUAGCUCAAAGGCUUUGUCUAAAACUGAACAAUCGGACGCAAGCCAAGAAAUGCACGAAAAUUCUUUGCGGCUAGUUUUACGUAGGAAUGCAGUUCGCAGUGAAUCAAACACAUCUCGACGUAGGUCCGGAAACGAAGACGUUAAUCAGGCCUCAUUUGCUGUAGAAAGUUGGCCAACGACUGAAACGUCACCCCGUAGAACAGGAAUUGUGUUAAAUCUUCGAACUGGGCAAUCGAGAGAGCUGUCAGAUGAAUGUGAUUCAAACACAGAUUUGGACGGAGUGUCAUCAAAAAGAGACUCAAAAAGUGCUAAGUCACAGAAAAGCGAUAAUGCUGUGCAAAGAAAGAAGGUCAGACGGGUGGUGAUGCCGAGAGAAUUCCUAACUGCUUCUUCACGUAGACGACCCCAAGGCAGUGAAACUAGCGUUGCAAUUGAUUCUACUUGUAACACCAGCAAAACUGAAGAUAUUUCGGGGGCAGUCGAAGAAUCAAAUCACGAAUGCCACGUCUAUAGUACUCGGUCUGGGAGAAGGAUCCGUCCGAAGCAUUUCGGAUUGGAAACGGACUCUGAAAAAGAAAAUAAACAAAAGCUUGAAAAUGGAAUAAGAAACGAUCCUCAUCAUCGGCGUCGGAUGCGGAGGAGGCUUCAUAGCAAAAGCUCUGAAGAAGAUAUAUCAGAUGAAGAUAAUGUGGUUAAGAAUAUAAAGAGACUGUGCCAUGCGAAGAAGGAUGAAUCGGAUUAUGAUGAAGAAGAGGACGAAGGCGAAAACAGUAGUAGAAGCAAUGUUGGGGAUAGUGACACAAACAGCGUUGAGAAUAAUAUAGAACAAACUGAGGGCACGAACCGGAGAACUAGAGAAAACGGGAAAAAUAAAGCACAAAACCAACAUAGUCAUAGUUAUAAAGACUCUUCAACCCGAAAAAGAAAUAGACAAACGUCUGUAAGCAAUGAAACCAAUUCACGGAAAUCGAAACGAACCCGCUUAAAAGUUAACUAUAAUGAAGAUGAUGAAAAUUCGCCAGUGGAUGACGUUUGUUCGGAUAGUGACGACGACAUCAAUAUUAUUGGAGUGAGUAGUAGAGGACGGGUGAGAAAAGCUGCUUCUAGAUACGCAGAUUUCGUCGAUUCCUAAUGUCAGAAGACGGGAUAAAGUAGUUCUUUUAUCAGGUGUCCACUGAAGGGUAAUCGAAUGUCGUUUCCUGCGACGAAAUAAUGUUGCCUAAAAUGCUUUGUAUCGCAGUGUCUUUUCUUUUUAUAUUAAUUUAGUCUUCCGAUGGUGGAAAUGUUGUCCUAUUUCUAUUGAAUUAUCUUCUAAGAUCCUUUUUUGCCGUCUUGAAGUCGUUGCUAUAGUAGUAGUGAUAAGGACAUAUUCUCAUAUGGAGAUCCUCUUGGAUGCGUCGAAAAAACUUAUUUUUCAUCGGCGUAUGCCUCUUCCCCCGAAAGAGUUUUGGCAAUGCCAGCGAUUUUUAAUCUAGGUGCAGUUGAUUUUCCUUUACUUUCGUUGGUCAGUUUUUAUAGUGCUCUUAGCGUGUUUUCGGAACGUUGCUUGUGAAAUACUCGUAGAUACAUAAAGGAAAUAACAAAUUUGCAAGGACAUCUUUCCUGGCCCUGGUCUCACUCUAGCUUUUGCGUCGAAGUUACGCUUUGCUUAACCAUUGUCCUGGGAUUUAAGAUAUAAAUGGCAUCAUAAGACCAUAACCAGUUUGAUAAACCCAGCCAGUAAACAGUUCCACGUGAUAGUAGUGCCCAUUCCAUCCAUUUUUGAAUUUCUUUAUCUUUACAAACAAAACAACUCUUUUUGUAGCUCCAUCCUGCUUUCUUGUUGUGUUGUUUUCGAUGCAUAUUUGUAAACAUUGUAAUUACUUGAAAGCAAAGUAAUUUAUCACAUAGAGAUAAUGCUACAUUCACAUUAAGUUAUUGAUGAUUUUUAGACUCUGUAUUCUCUCGAGUCUUGCCUGUUUUAAAUCUGCGCGAUCCUAGCGCAUUUCAUUGUAACGGUAUAUAACAAUAUCGCAUUACU